AUGUUCUCCCUCCAAGGUCGAACCGCCCUCGUCACCGGCGGUGCCCGGGGCUGCGGCCUCGCCUUUGCGCGCGGUCUCGCCGAAGCAGGUGCCAACGUAGCCAUCUUCGAUCGGAUAUCUCCUGAGGAGGGGUUUCUAUCUAUCGAGAAGGAGUAUGGUGUGCGGACUGCAUAUUACGAAGUGGACGUAUCCUCCCCCGAGUCCCUCGCCACCGGCUUCGGCGCCUUCCAAACAGACUUCAACAAUGCACUAGACAUCUGCGUCCCAUGCGCAGGUAUCAACCGACACCAGACAUUCCUUGAAUUCAACUACGCGGAUCACCAAGAGUUGCUGGGUGUGAAUGUGCUGGGCCUAUUCCAUACUGCGCAGCUGGCCGCCCGGCAGAUGAUUGCCAAUGGCACAAAACACGGGAGUAUCGUGCUGGUGGCGAGUAUGGCGAGCCACGUGGCGGUGCGGAGCCAACUGUGCAGUGCGUAUUGUGGGAGUAAGGGGGCGGUGAGGGCAAUGUGUCCUGCUAUUGCGAAGGAGUUGGCUGAAUAUGGUAUUCGCGUGAAUUCGAUUUCGCCGGGAUAUGUGAGGACGGAGAUGACUGCUGCUUUCCCCCAUUUAAUCGAAGAAUGGAAAUCAGCAGCGAUGAACGGCCGCAUCGCCGAGCCGGAGGACAUCAUGGGAGCGUGUGUGUUUCUGGCGAGCGAUGCCACUACCAACUAUAACAAUACUCAUCCAGAAGCAAGUAUGAGCGUAGCAUCACCAUUUCAAACAAAAAUAUUAUCUCGAACAAUGUCUCCCAGCGCCAUUAACGAGGGCUUUCCCAGCCCGUCCACUAUACCCACCACAACAGUGGUAGUAGUAGGCGCUGGCCCUUCAGGCCUAAUGCUAACAAACAACCUCAUCCGCUACGGCACACCUGUGACUCUCCUCGACGACCGCCCGACAGCAACAUCAACCGGCAAAGCAGACGGUCUGCAGCCGAAGACCAUCGAGACACUGAAACAGCUGAGAUUGUCGGAUGAGUUGCUCCGCAAUGGGGCGAAGGUGUAUGAUAUUUGUUUCUGGGAAUCCACCCCCGAAUCCCCAACCCUUACUCGCACAUCCCGCCAAACGCACUACCCCGAUCAUCUCGUCGGCGCCUCAGACCCCUACAUUCUCCUCGCGCACCAGGGCAUGCUCGAGGACGUGCUUAUCAGAGAUAUAGAAGAGCGCGGGGGAAAUGUCCAGCGAAACAGCCCGUUCGUAUCCGUGUCUAAAACACAGGACGGGAGUGGAGAGCUAGAAGUGAUCUACAACGAUAACACAACAAACACCAAAAAGAUUAUCCGUACACAAUACCUCGUUGGAUGCGAUGGCGCGAGAUCUAAAGUCCGGGACUAUAUUCCUGGCGCGCAGUUGGAGGGGGAAAUGAGUAAUGCUUCUUGGGGGGUUUUGGAUGGAGUAAUCGACACCGAUUUCCCCGACCUAUGGAGUAAGGUGGCUGUUCGCUCGCACACGGCGGGAUCUAUCCUCUGGAUUCCGAGGGAGCGCGGAAUGACGAGAUUGUAUGUUGAGCUUAGUUCCACAGACGGGGAGAGGGUCGAUAGGGCCAAGGCGACACCGGAAUAUGUUAUGGCUAGGGCGCGGGAGGCAAUGCAACCUUUCCGGUUGGAAUGGAAGGAGAUUGAAUGGUUCGGCAACUACGUCGUCGGCCAACGUGUCGCUCGCCGAUUCAGCGACCCCGAGAACCAGAUCUUCAUUGCCGGCGAUGUACAUCCCACACCUCCCCUACCAUCUACCUUUUCUCACCAAUAUACUAAUAAAAGAUCAGGCCGGCCACCCCAAGGUGCCAACACCAGCAUGCACGACAGCGUGAACCUAGCGUGGAAACUCAACCUCGUAGCCCGAAACCUCGCCCCGGCCUCCCUACUAAACACCUACUCCGAGGAACGACGGAAGAUCGCCAACGACCUGAUCGCCUUCGACGCGGGGCACGUCGCGGCGUUCGAGAAAGGCGAGGCGGCACUUGCUCGAAACUUCGAGGAGAAUAUCCGGUUCAUUUCCGGCGUCGGGGCUGAGUAUGACGCUGGUGUUCUUACGAAGCCAGCUGAUGGGAAAGCGAAAGGUGGAAUUCAGGCGGGGACAUUAACUCGCCCUGCAAAGGUGACGAGGUAUAUUGAUGCUAAUCUGGUGGAUUUGCAGCUUGAUAUCCCGAUGAUGGGACAGUUUAAGGUGAUUUUGUUUGCGGGGGAUGUGGUUGGUGGGAAGGGGUUUUUGGAGGGGUUCUGUGGGGGUGUUGGGCUUGAUAGGGUGGAUUCUGUGGCAAGGGAGUCGUAUAGGAAGUGUCCUCGGGGAGUUGGUGAUGGGGAUAAGUAUUUCCCGUUGGAGAGGUAUACGACUGUUUCGGAGGUGGUGACGUACGGGUUAGUGACGAGGAGUCAGAAGAGGGAGUUUGAGUUGGGGGAUUUGCCCGAGUUGCUGCAGAAGAGUCGGUGGACGGUGUAUUUGGAUGAUGUGGAGGGCGGGAAGGGGUGUACUGGGAAGUGGAUGGGGGAGAUGGAGAAGGAUCAGGUCGGGGUGAUGAUUGUCAGGCCGGAUGGAAAUCGCAUCAACAACAAGAUCAGAUCAAAUGAUGAUAUAAUAAUUUAA